AUGACUCGUCUUAAUCAAAUUCAAUUAAAUAUGAUGCAACAUGGAACAAUAUCAUCAGCAACAAAACAAACGACGUCAAAAACAGACAGUGAUGUAAGUUUAAUCAACACUGAAUUAGACGAACAACAAAAAGAACAAAUAAAACAACUUAUUCAGCAAUUUCCGGAGGUGUUUAACGAACAACCAGGAAGAACAAAAAAAACACAACAUCAAAUUAAUUUAGUUCCCGGGGCACAGCCGUUUAAUUCACCACCAUUUCGUUAUGCACCAACAAGAAAGCAAAUAAUCGAGCAGAACAUAAAAGAAAUGUUAGAUCAAGGGAUUAUUUCACCAUCAACAAGUCCAUGGGCAUCACCCGUUAUAUUAGUUCCAAAGAAAGAUGGAAACUUACGUUUCUGUAUUGAUUAUCGAAAAUUAAAUGCUGUAACAAUUCGUGAUGCAUACCCACUUCCAAGAAUAGAUGAUACAUUAGAUUCAUUACGACAAGCGAAAUUUGUAUCAACACUCGAUUUACGCUCCGGAUACUGGCAAGUGGAAAUGGAUCAAGAUUCAAGAAAGAAGACCGCCUUUGUAACACAUAAAGGUUUAUUUGAAUUUAAUGUUAUGCCAUUCGGAUUAACUAAUGCUCCAGCAACAUUCCAACGAUUAAUGGACAUAGUGUUAGCCGGUCUCAAGUGGCAAUGCUGUCUCGUUUACAUCGACGAUGUGGUAAUUUUCUCACCAACAUUCGAACAACAUGUGAAAGAUUUAGAAAAAGUAUUCCAAGCUCUUCAAUCAGCAAAUCUGACUUUGAAAACAUCAAAAUGUCAAUUCUGCCGUCGAGAAAUGCGUUACUUGGGACACAUUAUCACUCAGAAUGGCAUUAAACCAGAUCCAGAUUUAAUUAAAUCAGUGACAAACUUUCCUCAACCGAAAAAGAUCAAAGAUGUUCAAUCAUUUCUUGGUUUAACCGGUUAUUACCGUCGAUUCAUCAAAGAUUACUCAAAAAUAGCCGAACCAUUAUUACAACAGUUGCGAAACUGUCAAAAAGGCAAUCAUCAUUUAAAAUGGUCAAAAGAAUGCACCGACGCUUUUGAAACAUUAAAACAAAGAUUAACAAAUGCACCAAUUAUGAACACACCAAAUUUCGAACAGUCGUUCAUAUUGGAGCUCGACGCUUGUGAAUAUGGCCUAGGGGCCAUAUUAACACAAGAAUAUGAUGGGGAAAAAUAUGUAAUAGCUUACGCAAGUCGAACAUUAUCAACUGCCGAAAGAAAAUAUGGAGCGACAGAGCGUGAAGCAUUAGCCAUUGUAUGGGCAACAAAAUAUUUUCGUCCAUACCUCGAAGGUAAUAAAAUUUAUAUUAGAUCAGAUUGUAAAGCAUUAGAAUGGAUGCGUACGGCAAAAGAUGUAACAGGUCGAUUGGCCCGGUGGGCGAUGAAAUUAUCUGCUUAUCAAAUUGAAGAAAUCAAAUAUCGUCCGGGAAAAUUAAACGCUAACGCCGAUUCGUUAUCACGCAAUCCAUUACCAAAUGAUGAUAUUAAUCAACUCGAAGUGUCAACAAUCGAAACAGCUGUUAACUUAUGGCAAAAUACAAACAUUCUUGACGAUGUAAGAAAAGAACAAGAAGCUGACUCCAAAUUAAAACCAAUAAUAGAAUUAUUAAAAACAAAACCAUCAACAGAUUUUAAUGAUAAACGUAAUCCCCACAUUCUUAUAAAUGGAUUAUUGUACAAAAUUAAAAACGCCAAUAAACAUUACAAUCAACGUAUCGUGGGUGCAAAACAUCUGCUAAUUAUUCCAAGAGCAAUGCAAAAUAAAUUAUUGGAAUGGGCGCACAAUCAUCCAACAGCUGGACAUGGGGGCCAACAAAAAACAUUAUUUAGAUUAUCAACAAGAGUAUACUGGAAAUCAAUGAGAAAAGAUGUAUUUAAGUAUAUAGCUGCAUGUCAAGAAUGUCAACAAUUUAAAUACAAUAAUGCUCCAACAGCAAACCCAAUGCAAAUGCACUUAGUGAAUGAACCAUGGCACACGAUCGGCAUAGACAUUAUGGGUCCUUUACCGACAACGGCCAGACAAAAACGAUUUCUUCUCGUCGUGGUAGACUACUUCACCAGAUGGAUCGAACUAUUCCCACUGAAGUCAACUACAUCUACCGAUAUGGCCAAUAUUCUCAUGAACGAAGUAUUUUCAAGAUAUGGAUUGCCACAACACAUUGUAUCUGAUAAUGGCCCGCAAUUCGUCUCAAAUUUAUUUAAAAAUUUUUGUGAUACAUUAGGUAUUAAACAAAAUUUAACUGCAAAUUAUCACCCACAAAGCAACAUGACAGAACGUGUCAAUAGAACAUUAAAGCCGUUAAUUGCCAUAUAUGCUCAACAACAACACAAUUCAUGGGACGAUGAAAUUCAAACAUUAGCAUUUGCAAUACGUACCGCGGUGAACGAAACAACAGGUGAAACCCCAGCUUUUAUGAUGUUUGGUCGAGAUCUCAGAGGUCCACUUGAUCUAUUAGUUGGUGAAACAACAGAAGGACCUAGAUCAACAACAGUUGAUCACGGAUUAAUUCAAGAAUACAAGAGAAAGUUGAUCAACAAUUUACGAUGUGCAUAUAAUGUUAUUCAAGAACAUGCAGAAAUUGAAAAGAUAAAACAAAAAGAAAAAUAUGAUCAACAUACAACACAAAGAGAAUAUACUGAAGGUGAUCUCGUAUGGGUAGCCACUCCAACAGCACAAAUUGGAGACAAUUCAAUGGGUGGAAAAUUACAACCACAUUAUCAAGGUCCAUGCCGUCUAAUCCAGCAAUUAUCAUCAAAUACAUUCACGGUACGACGGCUAAAGGAUAACGUUGAACUUGGGGCAACGAAUACGGAUCGCCUCAAACCAUACAUUGUACUACAGAGAAACAAUCAAGAAACAACAACAAACGACAAAACAAUCAAUCCAAGAGAAACGACAAAACAAUCAAUCCAAGAGAAACGACAACGUCAAUCAAUAAUGACGAGCCAUCAAUAG